AUGGACCCUUUACCAGCAUCCUACUACGGACCCCUGGACAAAAACAACCCUGUACUGUCAGCAUUUCAAAGUGACCUAAAAGAGUUUAAAGUGCAUAUAAAGAAACUUUUAGGCUCUCCGAAGUACGACAACCGAUCCUACUCCAGGGGGUCCAUAAAACUUUUUGAAACAUGGAACAAGUAUAAAUCCCGCCUUCCUCCAUGUUAUUUCGAAGAGCACCUGUUGCAAACUGCUGAUUUCCUCCUUGACACCAAGCUUUACAGGCUGGCUCUCUGGCAAGGGUACAGACUCUAUCUGCAGCAGUUUUGUACUCUAAGCCUGGAAAGCAUAAGAGAUGUGGAUCACUUCAAGCAGUCCUUCUUCUUAGAUGGCUUUGGUUCAAAGAGGGCCCAGCUCACUUUCCGUGCUCUUCAGGGAGAAUGCAAAUGCAUCUUCUAUUUGGAGAAAGAGAAAAGUGCACUUCCAGACCAGGCUGGGGUUCAAAAGUUGCUGAGCAUCCUGGGAUUUGUGCGCAUUCUUAUGCAGGCUAUUCUGCCUGAUGAAAGUUUAUGCUGGAUCCUGUACAAUGGCUCGUUACACAUGUAUGACAUAUGCAGGUUCCUGAUGUCAGCAGGCCAUGCUUCACAGGUUUUAGAGUACUUACUAUGGGCAUGCAUAUGUCUAGAGACUUCUGUUCCUCUGCUGACGGCCAACUUCCUGCCAUGGUGGUCCACACUCUGCUGUGCUGUGUGUGAAUGUUACUUUCAUGACUGUGCUUCAGUUCAGGCAGAGGUAUUUGCUCGCCGAGCCCUUGGCAAGAUCAGUGAACUGGCCAAGCUGGAGGAGAUUACUGGCUCCCAAGUGUCUUUUGAGACCCAGCAAGCUUAUAAGGAGGCCACAAUAAAACUUGCAGUGAUGGUGUUCAAGCGUUCAGUGUACGAACCCCGUAGGAAACCGAAAGGCCUCUUCAAACCCAAACAGAAGAGAAAUUUGAAAGAGCUACAGCUAACUCCAUGGCCUCGCACGCCAACCGAGCAUAUCCUGAUGGAGAUGUUUGAGGGAAAUGCUGCUCGGUUUCUGGCUGUGCUGGAAGCUCUGCAUGACAGCUCUGUCAGGCCACUGCAGACCGGCAUGCCUGAGGAAUUCGAGGUUCAGGACGUGGUACUGGAGCUCAUUUCGGCUGGCAUUAGCUUGUUGUCCGCAUUUGGUGAUACUGAACACACUUUUGAUGAGAGCAUGCCUCCCUCUGUGAAGGCAGUCACUCCUACCUCCUCUCUCUUUGACAUGGCUGUCGCUGGAAAUAGUAAGAUCGCAGUAGAUGCUGCGGUGAAGUUUGUUAAGCAGCUCUUCAGAUAUGAACAGUGGAGCACGUUCAGCUCACUCUCUUCAGCACUUAUGUCAGCGCUAGCUAACAUGGAGGGCUGCCCGUUUAGGAAGUAUGAGCUGGAACUGAGGCUUUUGGAGGCUGUGGAGCGCUUGAUGUCUACUCAAAAAGUUAAAAUCACCAUGAAAGAUGCUGCUUUUGAUGAUCAAGCUGACAAGAAUAUUGGACCAGCAAUCAUGACAGAAGAAUUGUUCAAUCUUAUUCAGACACUUCAUGCUUGUGUCUGUAGAACAGAAAAGAAUAUCCGGCCAGAUGCAGAUUUGGUGUUGGACAUCGUGCUCUUCUUUUGGGCUAAAUGCAAAACAGUUUUUCAAAGAGCGCAGAUGAGGCUCCAUGACCAUGUGCACUACUGGGGAAGAAUGGCAAACCAAGACCAGUGGAUGGAGACCCUGCUCUUGUUGUGUGAAGUGGCCCAUGAGCACCAGCUGGCUGAAGUAGACUUCUUAUUAGUGGCUGAAAUGACUCUCAGAAUUGCCAUGAUGUUGGAAAGCAGCAUGGAUGUGCCACAGUCUGGGAGAAAAACAGCCACCACUGUAGAUAGUGAGGAGUCCAUCCCUGUUGGAAAAUCUGCAAGCUCAUUGUUCAUGAUGUCCCGAACUGAGCAACUGCAGACUGCAUUGGAUUUGGUGGAACGAGGUGUGGAUUGUGUGUCCAGAGGCAGGGCCAGGUCACUUAAUGGGGGUUCUGCUGUCUUUGACAAGUUGUUUAUGCAGAAGUUUGGUGAUUACAAGAGUUCAAAGAGAAGCAGAAUCCAAGAGAGCAGCAUCACUGACCUUAAUGCACUUUCCAUGGAUUUACACCUAGAGCUAAUGGUCUUUCAGCACAGACUCACUCUCAAACUCUCUGACUCCUGGCCAGAAGAGAUCAGUUUGAUGGAGAGUAAGAAGUCACAUACUAAUCGAGCACAGACCUCAGAAACAAACAGACCUAUAGAAGACUCUACGGAACUUGAGAAAAUCAAGAAGAAUACGAUCUCUAAGACUGUUUUCCUGGUGCAGAAGGCCUUAUUGGCAUUCAGGAAGGACCAGGCUAGUCGAGAGACCAAGAAAAUACUUGAGGAGGCCAUAAGGCUAAUGGUGAAUGCCGAGCUGGAAGAGAGGAAGCUGGUUAGUUGUACAUUUCCUUCAGAGAACAGUUUAGGACUGGCAGAGAAGAGACAUCCACCACCAACCCCAAUACUCCUGGCACGAUCUAACUGCUCCAUGAUCUUUACACCUGCACCAUACGCACUGGAAGAGGAGGUUAGCUGGUAUUGUAUUUAUGGAAGAGAUGCAGAGGGUAUCAACCUAAAAGUACGACUUAAAGACUGCUACCUAUGUGGGACUGGAGAAAUGAUACCUGCCAAAGGCAAAAUGGUGGGCGGAGCCAUUGGAGAGACCACCAGACCUCUAUUGGCCUCCCUGCCUCUACCACUGCUAACAACCUGGGCCUACAUUGCUCAGGUGGCUUAUCAGAUAGGACUCCACAGCCUUGCCAAAAGAGCUUGUAAUGAGCUAUGGAGCCACUUUACCCUUCCUCCAAGCUCAAAUCCUGAGGUUCCAGAGCCGGAACAAGAAGCCAGUCCUGAAAGGCUGGCUCAAACAAGACUCCGCCCAGAGACCCUACAGUUUUCUUCUCCUCUCCUACAGCAGCUGUUUUUCUCCACUAUUUUCAUCCAGACAGAUAUUCACAUCCAAGAGGGGGCACUAUUCUGUGACAGUCUCUGUGAUGGGGGCCCUUUGAUCUUGGGCCAGGAGGCCAGGCUUGCAGAAUGUGAACGGAUGCUGGUGGCCAUUGAUCUUGCUCUGCACCUCAAUGACAGCGCUGGCACCCUGCAGCCUGUAGUAAACUGUUACGGCCUACUCGCUCCAAUAAUCUUCAAUCAGAUUCCUUCAGAGCCUGUCAUUGAGAUGCUGCUGAAGUGCUUUUCAGUUCUGCUGGAGAUUCCAGAGGUCCUCAAGCAGAAACGCCCCGCUGCCACCACAGAGUCCCUGCAGCACAUGGUUGCCUGUAUCACUUAUUAUUUAGUCAAGAGCUUACGCUCCACUCAGGAGAGUGACAUGGCAUCAUUUGUGUUUAAGUUGGGAAAGAAACUACUUCAGGAAAUCACUGAGCCCCCUCUGAAACCUGCCAAACAAUCAUCAAUGGAGCAGGAUGGGAAGAAGACAACUCCAACGUAUGAUGAGGAUCCCAGUAAACAGCUAAAGAUUUUAGAGGCCAUUGUCAUGAAAAACAUGCAAGCAGAAACAUUAGGAAACUAUGGUGUCACUUCUUGUAACAAAACAGUGCCUCAUGGAUGUGAGCUCACUGGACAGGAAGACCCUGUCGUACUCUACACGGUGAUUGAAAACAGCCCCCUCCAGCAUGCCUUUAAAGAGGUGAUGAAGUUCAAGGAAAAACCUUGUGUUCUGGAGUUUGUUGUGCACUUGCUCCAGAAAGCCCUGCUAGAAGAUGAGCUGGAUCUGGUGUUGCAGUGGGAACAGAACAUCUUGAACUGGCUCAGCAGACGUGACGUGGCAAAGAAACACUCAAGUCCACCAGAAGAGGAGCGGAAAGACUUCACAACCUCUGUGAUAGAGUACAAUACAGAGAAAAAAAAAGGUGGCACCUUUUUGCGUCACAGGAAGUUGCUACAGAAAAGACUACUGAUUGCAUUCAAGAGCCAGAACUCUGAAAGAGAGGUCAAAGCUGUGGACAUCCUGAUAGAUCUACUUGCCGCUUUUAUCAGACGACAUCAGCGCCUCGGUAAGCUGAGGCAGAUGCUCUCUGAGGAUUCGCUGUGGCGUUGCCAUGUCAAUCUGAGCCUGGCUCGUGCCCACCUAGGCAUGCUGAGGAAGAAUCUUGGACCACCUCCCCAGCUCUGUUUUAGUCAUCUAUCGCAGUCUUUCUUCUCUCUCGCUCAUUGUGGAAUGCUAAUUAUGUGGAAGAACGUUUCACUGCAAAUCAGGCCACCUGAAUUGACACUUCCGUGUACUAAAUCUGUACCUCAUCCUGGAUCCCGUGCUAACAAACGAAAAGUGAAACGGAAAGUUAAACACACUAAUCAAGAACCAAACACCACUGAUGAGGAGUUGAACUCUGCAGACAGUGAAGUGGAAAGUGAAGUGGGCUCUACAUUUCGCCACACCCACAACCCUGACGCUGAUGACGCUCCUACUGGUCAAGCCACGUUUCAUGUACUGGACACACUUGACAAAGCCUCUAUAUACUUGCGCAGAGCUAUGGUGCUAGCACAUCGCUGGAGUCACUGGACAACUUUACAGUGGGUGUGUCGGACUCUGUGGGACCAAACCAGCACACUUGCCCUGAUGAUAGAGCGAGCCCAAGGCACUGAUGCCCAUGCCAGACAGCUGACGAAAGAGCAGCUCUAUACAGUGAUCACUCCUCUACUGGUGCUGGCCUCAGAUCUUCUUAUGGACAUGAUGGAGAAGCUUAAGCUAUGGAAUAUUUAUGAUGAUGAAGAAGGGGAGGUUGAGGCCAGCUUGUACUUCUCUGCUCCAGUGGAUGAUGGGACAAUGAUAGAUCUGCGCUGGCUGAGGACUCUGGUUCUGCACACAUUAGAGCUUCUGUACUACCAGUCCAAGUGGGAGAGUCUCGCCCACCUUGCACUACUUUUCAACUCAUACACUAGGGAGCGCUACUCUCACAUGGUAACACCUGUUCUGGUGCAUGCACAGAGGAGGCUGUUGGACAGGAUCAGCUUUUUCGGUGGUCCUCCAGCACCUCAACCUCACUUCACCCACACUGCUUUUAUCUCUGGAGAGAAGGUGACCUGCCGGAAUUAUGCAAGCAGACAAUUGCUGUUUCCUUGUGGAGAAGGUCAAAUUAUGAUUACUGCAAAUGAUACUAACCCAGAGCUCAAGGAACUUGCAGAUGUGAAGAGAGCCAUGUGUCUGGUGUGUGUACCGUUGGAUGUGAAGGACACACUGCAGUGUUUCAGAGAGACUCUGGAAAGAAGAAAUCAUGGACUAUUGACCUUUCAGCACAGCCGAACUCUACUCCUGCUGCUACUGGCUGACACACAGCACUCAUAUGUUGAGGUGCCAUUCUCUAAAGAGACCAACAGCGUUCUCCAGGGGAAAGUGGAAUUCAGCAUGGCAGCCUGCAUCCCGCCAGGUGUCAGACCUCCAGACCUUUCCACAGAAGACUUCAACUCUCUGGGCUCCAUCUACAGCCCCACCCUCCCUACAUCACAGCUCCAGACUGUUUUCUCCUCCUACAACAAUGCAAUUAAAUAUCUUCAAGCAAAUAAGCACAACUCCCUCCAGGUGCAAGCACUCCAUGACCUUGGAAACCUGCAUUUCUUUAAUGGAAAUCGAAAAUCUGCACAAUUUUUCUGGAGUAAGGGUCUGGACUGUGCUCUGCAAGACUCUGGAGAUCUGGAAUCUUGGGAUGGUGACUCAUGGAGCUGCAGCUCCUCUCGGGAAACCCUGCAGCAUGCUGGGAUAUGGGGUUGUCUCCAGGGAGCUUUGCUUUCAGCCAAAAUUGCACAGCACAUCCUGACUUCCAACAUUAACCAGCGCACAAAAUGCUGCCUUCUCUCUGCCAAACUCUUCAAGUGCCUUCUCAUGGCCUCUAUGCCCCAUCCAAUGACAGACCUGUCAUACUCCACAUACUCUGUGGAGAUGGAGCUUAUCCCAGGCAUCGACCUCUUCUCUGAGCCGGACCGUGGGAAUCUUGGCACCACUAUUGCCAGUUUGUCUUUUCUCUGCCACUGGCUAUAUACCUCAGGGCACCUUCUCAAGUCUCUUCCUGUUCUGGCUUUGUACCUGUAUAUUGCCAGAACUGUGUGUCGGGAUCCACACCAUACUCUCAGAUGCAAAAUCCUGAAGAUAAAGGUAUUGACUGAGUUAGGGGCCUUCACUCAAGCAGUUAAAGAACUCAGUAAUCUCACAUUUGGAGUGGAAAUCCCUGUGCCUCAUGGAUGCCACCACAGAGUGGAGAAGCCAUCUUGGGCAAAGGAAACAUUUAUUGAAGGAAAACCCCUGUUGGAUCCUUCCAAUCUUCAAGUUCUGGAAGAAUUGGUCAAUAGGAGGCCAAGUAAAGACAUCAUGGCUAUUUAUGGCUCAACAUUCACCACAUGGCUCCUGAUGGCCAGAGUUCAUCUCAUCUUGGCUAUAUGUAGUACUAUACAAGACCUGCCUGAGCCACCACCACCAGAGAUAUACAAAUCUCAAGAGAAAAGUUUGGAUGAUGCCUCCAGCAGUGACGAGUCCAAGCGUCUCCAGCUCAGUGCCAGGAAACUCACAUUAGGAGAAGUCAAGGCCAUACUCCUAAAAGAAGCACAUGCUCUGGUUAGUCCUGAACUCUUCACCCCACAACCGCUGAGCAUUGAUCCUGAAGAAUUGGAGCUGGCAGUGGAGAUCAGACUGUUAUUGUCCAAUAUCAACAUGCAGCAGGGCAGAAUGGCUGCCAGUGCAGAUCUGUCGGCGUCUACUUUGAGGCUCCUCCAGAGUUCUCUUGUGUUUCAAAGUGAUUUCCGCCCGAUACCUCCUCCUAAACCAACCUCCUCUGCUCUCAGACGACCCAGAGCCAAAGCACAUCAGACUAGCUCCCGGGAUGCAGCGUCUGUUCUCGAUCUCCAUACUGGAGAUCUUCCAGAAAAGUUAGAAGCGAGAGAGCGCAUGGAUCGCCUUUUCUGGCUGCGCUGUAGGCUGGCAGUGGUUCGUUCCCUCGUAGGCCAUAUCCCUGGAACUGCAAUCUACUCUGGUAGAGACAGUAGUGUAGAGGCGCUCCAGCUGCUGAAAGAGGGUCUGGCUGAGGCAGAGGCCUGGGGAGAUCCUGACACUAAAGCACUCCUGCUCCUACAAGGCGUCCAACUCAACACACACUGUGGCAGAGCCAGAGAAGACAGUACAGCCAUGCUACAGGAAAUUGUGAGCUUGUUGUCUGGGCGUAGUGCUCUAUCUCUGCGCUCUCAAAUGACUCUAGCUGAGGCUGCAUUGUUACUUAGUGAACUGAGAGGAACAGGAAGCCAGAGUCUCUACCUGCUCACACAGAAACUACUGCAGAAACAGCUCUGUGCCACUGGAGAGUCUAUAGGUCUCAAAGAAGAAGGCAAGGUGGAACUACGAGCGGGCCUAAAGAAUAUUUAUCUUCCACAGCUUCCCCUACUUGCCAAAACAACCAUGCGAAUUGGUCGCUCUCUGGCAUUGCAGGCCUUGUCAUGUUCUUCUGAGGGAGUUGAGGAGCCAUGGAGGCCCUUAAUAGUUGCUAAAGACGUUUUGCAGUCUGCACUCAGCAUCUCUCAGUCAUCUGCCAACAGAGACUGCCAGUUGGAGGCUGAUAUCCUCUACUGUACAGGAUUGGUGGGUAGACAUCUCAUUUCCAUGCAGAAAGCGGGUCCUCAGGAAGUCCUAGAGGCCUUGUUUGGGUGUUUAACCACAUUCAAGCACACUCAUGGGCAAAGUUUACGAUUGGCACACAGGUGCUACCUGGAAAUGGCAUUGAUACACUUGCAAGAGUUUGUGCAGAUUCCCCCUCCCUCUGGACAUCUGACUCCUCCCCCAUCACCAACACCUGACGAGACCAGCAAGGAAACAGUCAGAGAGACCUACUUAUUGCUCUGCUGGAUUUGUUUGAGAAUAGCUUUAAAGACUUCAGAAGUUUUUGCCAAAAAUGGCCAUUUGCAUGGAUUCACUGGAGUAACUGAAGGCCCCGUACCCCUUUCUUCAAUACAAGCCCUGCCUGACUUUGCAUUGAAUGAUCUUUUCCACCCUUGUGGGGGGCUAGAAAACCCUGAGAAUUGUCUCCCCAGACCUGAAGCAUUCAUAGACACUGAGAGCGAGAUACACAGCAGGAAGUGCCCUCAGCUGACCUGGGUUCAUAUGUCCCGCUACUACAUGCACUUAAUCAACCUUCUACAGGUCUCCUCACAACCAGGUGCAAUGCAGGGUGUUGAUGGAUUGCUGUCCACGUCCGGUGACCCCAAACUUGCUCUCAGACUUUCAUAUUUGCACACCUUCUUCAGCUGUCACCAGCCAUCUUACAGAGGGCAGUGGGCCAUUCCUGAUCCCCCUGCAGCUCUAAUACUGACGCCUCAGCGAAUACAGCAUGAUCAGCCCUUGUCAGAUCUGUUCCCCUGGGCCAACACGGACAUCCAGGAACUGAUCAUCCAGUGGUACAGACCCUCCUCCGAGGACAACAUGAUUCUGCUUCUGUUUACUGUGAACAAAGCUCCUAUAUCAGCAAUAAACUCUACUGCAGACACAAUGGCUGUACUACAGGCUGGACAGAGAACAAUCAGUUUGGACAGGCUGAUGGCUGUUCAUGCUUUACUGAGCUCAACGUGUGAUGAGGUUGAUGGGCAUGUUUCACCCUCCUUCAGCCCAGAAGUGCAGAACAGAAUGGCUACCUCCACCCCACACCAACAGGAAAUGCUUUUUGAAAAGACCAAACAUGUUUGCACUGAGAUCAGGAAUUUUUUGAAGCCUGAUUUCAAUUCAGCACCCAUCACAGAGAUGCCCUUUGACCCAAGCAAGCAGACUCUCCAGAACCUGGAACGCUGCUUUAAUCCUGCAACAGGCGGCAUGCUGCAAGAUACAGCCCUCAUCACGUGGCUCCUCUCUCUUCUGAGUUAAAACCUGGAGCCUUGAUAUGCCCUGGAUUCAUAAGAUAAAACAAAAUAGCCUACACAUUUAAUAUGCUAUAAAAAUAUUUUAAUGUUUUAACACCAAAUAAAGAGGAAAGCACU